AGAGAGACAGAGGGAGGCAGAGAGACAGAGAGCCACAGGGAUGCAGAGAGAGCCACAGAAUGGGAGAACCAGAGACAAAUGCAGGAAGUCAACAGACUCAAACAACUGCUGGAGCUGCUGAUGGUGGACCUACAACUGGCCCACGUAAGACAUGUCAUUGUUAUUAUUAAAAGGCAGUGUAUAUUCACCCGGCUGAAAAUGAAUGGCGGCAGUAUGCUAACCCAAUGUUAACUUUUAUGCCUUUCCUAAACGUUAACCCUUACCUUAACCUCACUGAAACUAUACCUAACCUUUACCAUAACCCAACCCUAGGUCCUAAACCUAACCUUCAUUUAUCUCAACCCCUACGCCUUUCUUCUGCCGGUUGAAUAUCCACUUCCUUAUUAAUGUCAUUACUGUUGUUGUUGUUGACAACUGUAUCUGUGCAGGUUGUAAAUAAUUGCAUUAGUGAAACAUCAUUUGUAGGAGUAAUUUCUACAAGCAUAAACAUCAGAGGCAACAUUAAAUUGCAACGGGAAUUUCUCAAACCCCUAACUGAAUGGGCAAGCUAGUUGUGUGUUUGUAUUUGUACACAUUUUGGACAUAAUUGAUUCCAUAAAAUGUCUCAUAAUUUUUUCAAACCAUGUCAAUACAUUAAUUGACAAUGAAUUGUCCAGAUGAAUUGAUCAAAAUGACCCUGCUAUUGAUGUUGUUCAGUGUUUGAUUCAAUUACCUAGGUCUAAGUUGUAUUUCUAUGUAUCAUUCUCUGCAAAUGCUUUGAAAGUAUGUCUUGGUCAUAGAUUAUCACUAAUUUAACCUUUUAAAUUAAAGCAAGAGAUAGAGAGAUUGAGGCUAUGGCAGAAAGUCAUGGAGGAUCAGCGACCAAGACUGGCCUGGAACAACAAACCUAUUGAGACAGAAAGAGAGAGGGAAAGAGAGAGGGAAAAAGAGAAAGAAAGGGAGAUGGAAAGGGAGAGAAAAGCAGAAUUGGAAAGACAAGAAAUGAAGAAGAAAGUGAAACAGGCAGAAGAAACGAUAAAAGUGUUAGAACGAGAGAUUGAGAGCUUGAAAGAGACUGAAAAGGAAGUCAUAGUUGAAAGAGAAAGAGACAUGCGUAUUGCAGAGAAUGAGAAAGUCAAACUGGUUAACGAAAAGGUGAAAGAGUUAGAGAGAGAGGUUGAGAAACUGAAAGAAGAUAUGACAACAAAAGAGAUUCAAUACAAAAUCAAAUUUGAAAGAGCGAAAGAAGCGUAUAGAAGACAGAAUGAGAGAGUGAAACAGGUUAACCAAAAUGUACUAGUGUUAGACAGAGAGGUUGCGAGAAUGAAAGAAGAGAUUAGAUUGAAAGACGAGACUGAACCAGAGAGAACAUUUGAUAGAGACAGAGAGAGAGAAAAUGAUUGGAGACGAACUGAAGAGGAGAUGAAAAAUAGAGUGGAGAGAGAGAUGGAGAUGGAGAUGGAGACAGCCCUCAUCAAUGACAAAAAGACGUCUGAAUUGGAGGAAGUCUUCAAGAAAAUCAAGGAACAGCUGAAAGAAUUAGAAAAUAUGGAAACAGACAAAUAUAAAUGGAAACAGAACCAAAUGGACAUGGAGGAGAAGAUGGAGGGUGAGAACAACAAACAGAAAGAGGUAGAAAGAAAGAGAAUGGAGAAAAUACCAAAACAGGAGGAGGAGGAAAAGGAAGAAGACAAGGAGGACAUUCUCCCACCUGAUAAAAGUAUCCGAAGGAGAGCUGUGGGCUGGAUAAAUAAGAAGUGGGAGAAGAGGAACCUCAAGAAGAUCGAGAGAACCUAUCAGAGAGAAGCUGAGGAGGGCUAA